AUGCGGCUUUUGAAACCCGAGGAUGCAUUCGCCCAUCAUGGCAUUCGCAAGUCACAGUCAGUUGAGGUUCACAGCGUCAGUGGAGUCAGCGAAACCAGCGCGACGACAGACAUCUUGCGAAGCAAGUCAAAUACUGGGAAGAUCGUACUUCAACGCCACGGGAUUCGCAUAUGGACCAGAUACUGGAUUCAUUUCCUUGCCAUUGCUGCGACCGGAGGAGUAGCUGCUCUGAAUCUACUCAAUGUCUACUUGAUGGAUUCCGACGAUCCUAACAUAGUUGCCAAAAUCGGAGCCUUCCAGUUCGUGGCCAAGCUCCAUGAAGCUGCAAUGUUGGGAUCAUUGACGCUUAUCAUGAUUGAUGCCGUGCGAAGCGGUCUCAUGAGUAGCUCCGGGGUGCCGCUCGGUUAUCUCAUGUCCCCAGUCAUGUACAACAACAUCGACUGGCUUUUAAGUGCCUCUCUCUGGACCAAUCGACCGACUACUGGGCAUUUAUGGAGUCAUACUCUCAGACAGCGCUCAGCGCUGUCCUUCUUCCUGCUCCUCUUGCUGGCCAUCGUGUUUGCAAACAUUGCUGGGCCAAUGUCUGCAAUCCUAAUUGUACCGCGACUAGGCUGGUCUAGCUCGGACGCCGCCGCUUUGUUCCCUACGUUCUGGAAUGUAUCGGCUACAGAUUUCUGGCCAGAAGAGUUUGCUGCGGCCUCGCUACCUCCAAAGUGCUCUCAAGGUGGUGCCAUGGGGACAAUGGGUUGCCCUGCCAAGGGUUCAAAGAGUGCGAGGAUCCGGCUCAGCCCCGUAUUCGGACCAGGUGUGGGUUGUACGACCGAAGGCUUUCAAUCUACGUGCAACGUAUCGCUGUCAGAGACCGUCUCGGCAAACGCAAUAGGCCGUGUGCUCUCGGUAGACUUCGACCUUGAUGCAUCCAACGCCUAUGCCACAACGCCGACUGCGGCGAUCUUUGAGGCACUUGCCCUCCGCUUCGAAUCCGGGGUGGCAUUCCCGCUCAACAUUACCGAUACAAGGGUCGUCGAAGCCGGUAAAGCACAGUUGCUUGACAUACAAUUCGACAGCGCAGCUGGCAUGUUCAAGCCGGCAGUUGCAACUGCUUGUCGGGAGCUACAGUACGAUGAAAUCGUUGAGCUCUACCAGGAUAGAAAUAUCUCAACGAACUGGAGCACGCCCGCUGUCACCUGGCUGGCAGAUGCCCAGGGGCUCGACAAAGACAGCUUCCUGUUCUCCUACAGGAUAGACUCUCCUGAUUUCGACAACCCGUCCAAAUGUGACGGCGAGGACUGUUAUGCAGCUGUCGCCUGUGCCAUUGCUCCACGUUGGUGUCCGUCACAGCUAUGGUACAAUACAGCUCAGCAAUCCCUCCUUUUCCAAAGUCUCCCUCAACCCCGCGACAUCUUCAAGAAAAAUGAGAGCAUCACAAAGCCGAUCCUGUUACGCAAAGACUGGCUGGAGCUGACAACUGUCGACCAGGAUACAAAAUUGGCCGCGAAUAUCGUCGACUUGUUCAACGAAUGGCGCACACCUCGAGUCAGAGCUCCUCAGGCUGUGCAGGGAAGAAUACAGGAGAACAUCGGACCGACUAACCACUCCGACGCUAUUGCUAUAAUUUUGGCAAGCACAGUUACCGAAGCCAUAGCUGCUGGCCCAGCGGCCGUGGGUGAGAGCAUCUACUCCGGAGACUGCAAUGACACAAAGCCAGGUUUCACCUUCUCGCCAGCAAUUUGCGCACAAGAUCCCUCUUUCUGGAUCCAUUCGGAGAAUCGAGGGGACAGCGUGCAAACCGCGUACUCGAUGGUGGCAUUCACCGUACGUCGAAGCGGAUGGGGAUGGUUUCUCCAGGAUUCUCUCACCAUCUACAUCGCACUUGGAACUCUUUUGUUCCACGGAGCCCUCACACUGAUGUAUUUGACCUGGGUUCUGGUCUCGAAGAAAAAUAUCACCACCCGCUGGUCCUUGGCCUCGGAGUUACUCGUUCUGGCCAUCGACUCCUUCCGCGCGCCAAAACUCGCCGACAGCUCAAUCCGCGUACGGAACCGCAAGAUAUGGCUUGAGCCGGUCAGUAUCAGAGAAGUCGACGGCGGUGAUCGGCUCUCUCUUAUAGUUGGGGAUCCAACAGCUUACCCAGAACGCGUUGGACCUCCACCAUUGUGUGGGAAAAAGUACUUGUGA